AUGGAGGAUUCUUCAAGAACUGAAUUAUAUGAUAUAUUGGCUUCAAGAAAAGCUGAAGAAGCAGCAUGGAGAAGAUAUGAAGCUGCUUCAUGGCUUGAAAAUCUUGUGGGUCCAAUAGGCAUAUCAAGAAAUCCAUCAGAGAAAGAGUUCAUUUCUCGCUUGAGAAAUGGUUUGGUUCUUUGCAAUGCUAUUAAUAAAGUUCAUCCAGGAGCAGUGCCUAAGGUUGUGGAGAUUCAUGCACCUUUACAACCGUUAACCCGAGAAUCCCAGCCAUUACCAGCCUAUCAGUAUUUUGAGAAUGUAAAGAAUUUUCUGGUGGCUGUUGAAGAGUUGAGGCUACCUGCCUUUGAAGCUUCUGAUCUUGAGAGGGAUUCUCUGGAGGCAGGGUCAGGGACCAACGUGGUUGAUUGCAUCUUAGCGCUUAAAUCAUACAAUGAGUACAAGCAGAUGAACCCUAAUGGAUUAUAUAAGCCCACUAGAUCUCCCAUGGUUGGUCAUUCUGCUAGCAGGAACAAUUCUCAACCCAUCUCAUCAGACUCUUGUAGGCGUUUGGACAUGUCUGCGGCCUGUGAAAAAGAGCUACCAACUGAUUCAGAAUUGAAGAAAAUUGAAGAUUUAAUUGCCAAGAAACUUGCCGAGCAUAUGGCUGAUACCAAGGAAAACAUGGACAACAACUUUCUCAUGUCCCUCCGUAACUGCAACAACACGGAUCCAAUGAAGUUGUUCGGCGAUAUCCUGUUAAGCUGUUUAGGGGAUAAGCUUCAAAACAAGUUCCCAGAGUUGAAAUCAACAUCUAAAGGUGUUCUAAAAGAAAGUGUUAGCUCACCUGCUCAUUCAUCAAUAAAGCCUAGAGAGGAUUCAUCUGAACCGGGAGAUUCUAAGUGUUGUCAAGCUUGCUUAAGAAAGGGCAACUGCAACCACAGACAAUUAAUUCAAACACAAGAAAAAGAACUUCUGGAUAUAAAGGCCUUGUUGACGUCAACAAAAAGGGAGUUCGAGGUCUUACAGUCACAAUUACAGACAGAUUUGAGAGAGCUCGGAAUUCAAGUACAAGAAAUGUCUACUGCAGCUCUUGGAUACCAUAGGGUAUUGAAAGAGAACAGAAACUUAUACAAUAUGGUUCAGGACUUGAAAGGAAAUAUCCGAGUUUACUGCAGAAUUAGGCCUGCUUUCAGUGAUAGAGCAAGCUAUGUUAUUGAUUAUGUUGGAGAGGACGGUUCACUAGUGAUAUUGGAUCCACAAAAGCCCCAAAUGGAUGGAAAGAAAGUUUUUCAGUUUAACCGGGUGUUUGGGCCUACUGCCACUCAAGAAGAGGUAUUUAUGGACACCCAACCACUAAUCAGGUCUGUGAUGGAUGGUUAUAAUGUAUGCAUUUUCGCUUAUGGUCAAACUGGAUCUGGAAAAACAUACACCAUGAGUGGUCCAUCAGGCGGGUCAACUAAGGAUAUGGGGAUUAAUUAUCUAGCUUUGAGUGAUCUCUUUGAGAUGACUAAUGAAAGGAAGGAUAUUAUAAAUUACAGCAUUCAAGUUCAAAUGGUUGAAAUUUACAAUGAUCAAAUUCGGAGUUGUACUGGUGACAAUGGCUUGAGCCUUCCGGAUGCUAAAAUGCUUUCCGUUAAGUCCACUGCCGACGUUCUUAAUCUGAUGAAACUCGGUGAACUGAACCGUGUUGUCAGUUCCACUGCUAUCAAUAACCGAAGCAGUCGUUCCCAUAGUGUCCUGACGGUUCAUAUACACGGGAAAGAUGUAUCUGGAAGCACCCUUCACAGUUGCCUGCAUUUGGUAGACCUUGCAGGAAGUGAGAGAGUGGAUAAAUCAGAAGUUACAGGAGACAGGCUCAAAGAGGCACAGUACAUUAAUAAGUCUCUCUCCUGUCUAGGAGAUGUAAUCACAGCUUUGGCUCAAAAGAAUUCUCAUAUCCCUUACAGAAACAGCAAACUCACACUUCUACUACAAGAUUCCUUAGGUGGACACGCAAAAACAUUAAUGUUUGCCCAUGUAAGUCCAGAAGGAGAUUCUUUUGGCGAGACCAUCAGUACUUUAAAGUUUGCUCAGAGGGUAUCAACUGUUGAACUUGGUGCUGCCCGUGCAAACAAAGAGAGCAGUGAGAUUAUGCAACUCAAGGACCAGGUUGAGAACCUCAAGAAAGCAUUGGCCAGUAAGGAAACACAGAAUAAAAUGAAGGACCUAAGAUCUCCACGGGGGAUACCAAAAGUGAUGCCUGAUCGAACUCCUCCACGUGCACGGAGGCUGAGUAUUGAGAAUCGCAGCAACAUGAAGUCUGAGAAAGUCACGAAUACUGAAGACAGAAAGGCAUCAAAAACCCCUUCUGCACCAACUCGUUCCCGAAGAUUAAGCUUGGAAGGACCAAGGUAUGGUAUGAAAGAACAUUUCCAGACAAAAGGAGAAGAUGAUGUAAGCAGGCCCCUAUGUUUUGACACAGUAACACUGCAGAAACACGGUCCCUUUCAAGAUGCAGAGGCUGUGUCAAAACCAUUUGGGCAUUCUGCUAAUGGCAGUUCCGCCAAGGAAGUUUCUCGCCUCAAUACUACUCGAAGUCCUACCAGUUUGUAUCAAAAAAGAAUGGUCAAAACAGAGAGUAGGACGCAAAUUCCAACUUUUCAGCUACCAGUGACACCUGAAUCACAAGUAAUCUCCAGGAAUGAGGUUAAGAUUCUGAUGCAGAGCGAACUUAGUGUUUCUACAGAUUGUCGAGCAGCCAAUCUUGUUCGCAGCACACAAGGAAGCACACACGGAAAAGGAUCUCAAAUAAGGAAAUCCCUUCGUACAAUUGGAAAACUGAUUAACGGCUCUGAGAAGAGGAAUCAACAGAUUUCUAAGGAAGAACUCUCACCUAUCAAUGGCAUAUGCAACGACACUGAUCUCAAGUCACCACUUACAGCCAAUGCCAGGACGCUCAGAAGGCAAUCACUUACAGGAGUUCAAACAUCAACGACACGCAGAUCUUCUCUUGGAGGAAAGCCUAUUGAAUCUGGCAAGUAUAACCUGCUCGAGCAUCAUUUGCUCAACUUCACUGCAAAUGACUCUAGAAGGAACGCCAGGACGCCCCCUCCAGUCCAUUCUUCGACAAAGUUGACAAAACGAUGGCUUUAG